AUGAUUCCCUUGUCAAUGCGCUUUAGAGCACCCCGCCUGCACACUCAGGCAGUCCAUGCGCGAACGUGCUGCCUAUUCAAACAGUGCCGUACUAUCCACCACGUCGUGAGCAGACUCAAUCGCAGCAUAACUGUCGAAAGGCCAAAUAUCUCGACGGCAGCCGCUUACCCCCGUUCAUGGCGCCCACAAGCAAUUGGAUGCAGUCCACCUGCGUGCUUCCGCCUCCAAGAAUUCUCAAGUAACACCCCUGCCAAGCCAACAGCAGACCUACUCAUCGAGGAGCUUCAAGAUCUGUACGAGACCGCCAAAGACGAGUUUGAAAUUGCCACAGAAAGCACAGAUGGGUCCACUAUCUAUGCGCCGUCUGACAGGGAGUCGGCACGGGAUGCGUUGAAUCAGCUUUGCGCCGUCUAUCACCUGUACACGGCUCGACCGGGCGAGGACGUCGACAGUGGGGUGCGAAAUACGGGGUCUGAGCUUGAAGGGGAUGCGGGGAGUAUCGGAGAUGCUGUCGUCGAGACCAAUUUCAAUCCGGAAGAUGUGAGCAGUGAGGUGCGUGAUGAAGUGCGGAAACGAGUCGGGCAGCGGGUGCGGGAGCUGCGCAAUGCAGUCGAGUUGUUAGAGGAGAGGGCGCACGCAGAGUAA